GAUCCAUCCACACAUCCACAGCACCACAACAAUUCAAGUAGCACUAUGACACGCAGUGAUGAUAUCAAGCUUCUUAUCGCGGUCUUCAAACAAUGGCAGUCUGCUCGAAUAGACACAAAUGAGAUAGGAAAAUAUCUGGGUAUCAGUUCUGGAGCUGCAGGUAUGCGGUUGUUUCGACUCAAAGCGAGGCUUAAUACCGGAGAGGGGCCAACAAACGCCGACAUAGCACUUCUUAUCGCCAUAACCAAUCAAGAGAGACGUUUACCUAGACUCGACAAUAGGCUGAUUAGUGCGGAUCUUGAAAUUAAUCCGGGAGCUGCAGCAAUGCGUUGGUGGAGGUACAAGAUGCGUCUGGAGGAGCACAUUAAGAUAGUCAAAGAGCAAGAGAAGGCGACACAUAUUUCACCAAACGACCUAGCCGAAACUCCAACUGCUUUGGCGAAAGAAAAAAGUAACAUGGAGUCGGGGGUGUUUGGAUGGCCGUACAAUGCAAAAGGCUGGCCGGAUGAGGCUUGGGAGGCGUGAGAUCUCUUCAAGGGGUUUCAGUCAUAUAGAGCUUGGUUUUGGUAUGCGCAGGUAGGGGUCUUUCACACAGGCAGUCUUACGCAUGGAUAAAGAAUCAACUAGAGCUCUGAUUUACGUUUGAUGACUAUAUAAUGGGACAGUGAAAUUGCUUGCAUUUUUGUAAUACAAUAUUCACACCUCUACGCA